AAUAUCGUUUAUUUUCCUCAGAUGAAGAUUAUAUGAUUUGGAGUUGAUUAAUCCAAGUUUCUUUUUGGUAGAAAGAAAAGGAAUCGCUUCUUGAAGAGGCCAUCCAAGAUAAAAGAAAUCCUAAACCCGAAAAGGUCAUCUUGCAGCUGAGAUUGCACGUCUCCUUCCCUCACAGAUUCUUCCAAUCCUUCCAUAAAUCCCGUUCCACCUGAAAAGCCAAACACUAGACCAAAACCUAUAAGCCUAGACAAUGCCAUUUACAGCGAGACUUCAAACUUUUCUUCGCUUCUUUUACAUCCUCGUUCCUUUUUUCAUCUCUUUAUCGUACUCUGCCACAUUCACUAUAACAAACAAUUGCCCGGAAACCAUCUGGCCCGGUACAUUAGCAGCUUCUGGCACCCCUCAGCUCCCAACAACGGGGUUUCGGUUGGACCCCGGCCAGAGUGUGAAACUUCCUUGUACUCCAGGAUGGUCAGGGCGCAUAUGGGCUAGGACAGGUUGCACAUUCGAUGAGCUGGGAGCCGGCACGUGUCAAACCGGCGACUGCGGAGGCAGGCUGGAAUGUGGUGGCAGUGGUGCCACUCCACCUGCCUCGCUAUUUGAGAUCACUCUUGGCAACGGCAAUGGUUUAGAUUUCUACGACGUCAGCAUUGUAGACGGCUACAAUCUGCCCCUCAUUGCCGCCCCACGCGGCGUAUUUGGUGCAUGUAAUGUCACCGGCUGCGUUUCAGAUAUCAACACAGGUUGCCCGAAAGAGCUUCAGGUGGUAGGAGGAGGAAGCGAAGGGAGCGUGAUCGGAUGCAAGAGCGCUUGCGAGGCAUUUGGUUUGGACCAGUACUGCUGCAGCGGACAGUUUGCUAACCCGACGACAUGCCAUCCUUCCAAUUAUUCCACCAUUUUCAAAAGAGCUUGUCCAAGAGCUUACAGUUAUGCUUUUGAUGAUGGCACAAGCACUUUUACAUGCAAGGCUUUUGAUUACGCCAUUUUCUUCUGCCCCAACGGCGGGACUAGAAAUUCAGAUGAUGCGUUAGCUCCUCCAAGAUAUGAAGUGCUUGGAAGUAGGAAGGUUGUGCAGAUGGUUUAUUCUUCUUCGAACAGGCUCUUACCAGUUCCGCUGCUAAUCCUUCUUCUCAUCGUCUACAUAUUAUCUGGAUCGUUUGAAAGCAACUGUGAAGCCGGGAGUGUUGAAGUAACAUUGUAGACGAGAACCUCCCUUGUCUAUGAUCGAGUACAUGGGAUCGGAGGGCUUCAUCAAACAGAGACUUUGACAACUUACUUUGAGUGUAUUAGAUCAUUCAUUCAGGAACACCAAAUUGCAUUGAAAUGUAGUAGAUCAGUCGUUGCAAUACAAUAUUUGUAUCUAAUAAUGAACAAUGGAUCCUACAUGUAAAAAUUUCAAAGGAAUAUAGGCCACCAAUCGGCAUUGUUAUACA